AAUAAAUGUAAUGUCUAUGCAAAAUAUAUAGUCAUGUAUGUAGAUUGGCAAACAGAAACGUAUGACUUAUUUAGAUUUUUAUUUUGGUACAGCUGUACUUCUUAUCAUUUGAAUUGUUUGCAAUCGUUUUAGCGCAUUAAUCGCAGUAGUUAACGAUAAGGUUAUGGAAUUGGCUGCAAAUUACUUUUGUAAAACCGGUUAAAAACAAUACUUGUAAUUAACUUAAAUAAAUAUUGAUUCGUAAAUAAAACAAACAAAUGUCUCAGUUAAGCAACAAGUGGCGCACUUCAGCCAGCCUGAUUUUAGUGUCAGCAGUUGCUGGCGAGGAUUAUCAACUGCUGAUGCUUAAACGCAGCGAUGUUACUUCUAUGGCUAUGAAUCAUGCUGUGUUUCCUGGUGGCAUGCUGGACACACAAGGAGAUGAGAAUGUCGCCUGGCUCGACUACUUGGAGCAGUUUGGAGUGCCACAAGAGGCAUUGCGGAGCCUUGUCCUAAUCAAUGACCAAAGGCCAAGCAUUUUGGCACCACAGGGCACUGGCUGCUAUGAUCGCUUCUUUAAGCGCUCUACCAUAUGGGCACGGGAGAUAACACUACGCUUGACGGCUGUGCGCGAAUGCUUUGAGGAAGUAGGAAUAUUGCUUUGCCGCAACCGCGAGCAAUUAAAAGAAUUGGGCGCAAUUGUGUCCACCGCACAGACCUCAGAUGGGCUCCAGUUUGAUCGCGAGGCGUGGCAAAGGCGUGUGCACAACCAUCCUGCUGACUUCUUGGAGCUCUGCCGAGAGCUGCAAGUCGUACCAGAUCUAUGGGCGCUACAUGAAUGGUCUGCCUGGGCCAGUCCGGCUCCUGUGAAAAAAGGCCACCAAACAAUGUUCUUUAUGGCAUUUGUGGAUGAGCAACCAAGGCUAUUGGCUGAGCCCUCUGAAGUAAAGGAAUGUUUGUGGCGCACGCCGUUGGAACUGUUGCGUCUGCAUCGCCUUGGCGAGGUUUGGCUCAUGCCACCACAAAUCUAUGAACUAACCCGCUUGUUGGGAAUCAAGAGUUAUCGUAAACUCUUCGAUUUUUCCGCCAACCGUAGUAGACUUGGCAUCACUUUGUUUUUGCCUGUGGGCUACGCCUGCUCUGAUGGGGUGUUGUAUGUCCUACCCGGUGAUGAUGCCUACUUGCCUGAACCACAUUUGGCCACAGAGUUCGUCAGUUUGUCUGAAACAACUCAAGAGUUCAUUGCUCGCGCCAAGUAUUUGCAUCGCUAUGAAUAUGAUGGAGUUUCUUCUUGGAAAGUUCAUUUUAAUUUAGCUCCUUUUAAUGGUCAUUUAAUGCCAAGAAAUUUGCCUGCUGAGGUACAAAAACUUUAAAGCUUAAAGCUUUGGAAACCAUGAACCGUAAUUUUCAUAACUGUGUUUUGAGUUUUAAGACGUUUUUCUGCCGUAUAUAUAGUACUUGAUUUUGAUAUGUUUAUAAGACAUAUGACAACAUAAGGUUUUCGAUCAAACUUUUGGUUUUUCUUAA